AAAAAAAAAAAAAGUACUGCAAAUUUUAUUUUGAAUUUGUCAUAAAAUUGAAACCACCGUUAAAAUCCGGUGGCACAAACAAAAUUUAGAGUAUCAACAAAUAAAUUUUGCAGUAUAUAAAUAUAUCAUCUGAUUUCCACUUUAUACAGUUUACAAUAAGUAUACAAUAAGAUAGACUAAGCUUAGAUAUAGAUUACUAUAGACAUGUCAUCCAAAGAAGUUGUUAUCAUUGGUGGUUCCUUUGGCGCCAUUGCUGCUUUAAAAACGUUAGUUAAAUCAAAAAAUAAUUCUAAAAAUAUUGUUUUAUCAAUUACGGUGAUUUCACCAUCUGAAUUUUCAUUAUUUAAUAUUGGUACUCCAAGAGUUGCUAUUGAAACCGAUAAGAUCGAUAAAAUCUUCUUUGAUUUAAAGAAAGCUCUUAAUAAAUAUAUUCAAAAUACUCCUCAUUCCAUUAAAUUAAUUAAAGGUUAUGUUACUGAUGUUAAUUUAGAUGAUAGAUCUGUUACUAUCAGUAAUAAUGAAACUAUUGGGUAUGAUAAUUUAAUCAUUGCUUCUGGUACUACUACUCAACAUCCUGCCUUUAAAUUGGAUAAUGAAAGAGAUUCAACUUAUACUAGAGAAUCAAUUAAAUCAUUAAAUAGAGAUAUUAAAAAUGCUAAUAAGAUUGCUAUUAUUGGAGGUGGAGCUACUGGGGUUGAACUUGCUGGUGAAAUUGGAACUGAAUAUAAAGAUUCAAAAUCAAUUACUUUAUUUACUGGUUCAUCUCAACCUUUACCAACUUUAAAUAAAAGUCAAGGUGAUAAAGCUAGUCAAAAAUUAAAAGAUUUAAAUGUUACAGUUAUUAAUAAUAAAAAGGCUAAAUCUUUUACUCCUACUUCAAUUCAAUUUAAUGAUGGUUCAACUACAUCAUUUGAUUUAGUUAUUCCUGCUUUUAAAUUGAUUCCAAAUUCUCAAUUCUUAAAGAAAUAUAGUCAAUAUUUAGAUAAUGAUGGUUUCAUUAAAACUGAUGAUUACCUUAGAUUAAAUAAUCAUCAUGAAGUUAUUGCCUUUGGUGAUGUUGUGGCUCAAGGGGUUAAAUCUCUUGUUGAUAUCAUUUAUGGUCAAGUUAAAAAUGUGGGUUCUACCUUUGAUUAUGAAGUUUAUGAUAAUCAUUCUGUAACUUUACAAGCUUACAAGAAACCAGGUACUGUCUUAGUGGUUCCAAUUGGUAAAACUGGUGGAGUUGGUACUGCCUUUGGAUUGACUUUCCCAAGUUUCUUAGUCAAAUUCUUAAAGAGUAAUGAUUAUAUGAUUCCAAAAGGAGGUGAAAACUUAUCUUAAAUCUAUGUUUAGUUUUAUUUACUUAUUUAUUUGUUUAUUAACACCCCCCCCUCUCCCUCUUUCUUAGAUACACGUUUCUCUAUACUGUUUAUCUUAUUUAAUGUUUCAGCCUGGAGCUUGUUGUUUGUCGUUUAAUAC